GAAAACCACAUCCGAGGAAGCCAAGGAGCAGAGCUCCCACGCAGUCACCUCCGUGACCCCGGAGCCCACCCGAGCCCCGAUCUGGGGGGACACGGUGACAGUGGAGAUCGAAGCGGAGGACGCUGGGCGCGAAGAUGUGGUCCUCAAGGUGGUGGACAAAAAGAAGAAGGAGGAGCUUGUGUCCUGCACAGUCCCCAUCAAGUACCUGCGUGUCUUCCACCCCUACCACUUCGAGCUGGUGAUGCCCGUUGAGUCCAGGAAAGGCAGUGAAAGGAAAAGCAUCGAAGCCGCGGCCAGCGCCCACCUGUACGCCACGGUCAUUCGCAAGGGCAGCUGCAUCCCCCGCUACAUCGGCUGCACCCACACGGCGCUGGAGAUCUUUCUCCGGGGAGUCAACGAGCCCCUGAUCAACAACCGGAGCCCCAUGGUAGUGAUUGCCCGGGUGGUUCCCAACUACACGGAGUUUAAGGUCAGCCAGGCAAACCGGGACCCGGCCUCGGUGGGGCUGCCCAUCACCCUGCUGUCUUUCCCUAUCCCGUCCGUGAUGAACUUCGACGUGCCCCGGGUCAGCCAGAACGGGUGCCCUCAGCUGUCCCAGCCUGGCAGCCCCCCAGAGCAGCCCCUGUGGAACCAGCCCUUCCUCUUCCAAGGCCGGGACGGAGCCACCAACUUCACGGAAGACGCCGCCCUGGUGCUGGAGUACUACUCCUCGGCUUCAGGGAAGGGCAGUGAGCCCUGGAACCUGGGCCAGCCCCUGGGCGUCUCCGUGUUGCCGCUGAAGAGCCGUCUGUACCGCAAGAUGCUGGCCGGGCAAGGUUUGAGCGGGCUGCGUGUGGAGCGGCUUCCCAUCACGGACACGAGCCUGAAAACCAUAGGCGGGGAGGCGCCCACGGUGGACAUCUCCCUCCAGCUGUGCUCCUCCGAGAGGCCAGAAAACUUCCUGACACCAAACAGCAGCAAGGCUCUGCCCACCCUGGACCCCAAGAUCCUAGAUGAGAAGCUGGGGACCAUCCGUGAGUCCUGGUCCAAGGCCACGGCCAGCCCAACGGCGGACUCCAGCUCGUCCAUCUCUCAGGGGGCAGAAGAGGAGCCUCUGGAACCAGAGUCGUACAGCGAUGCAGAGAUGAACAACUACAGGCGAGCCAUGCAGAAGAUGGCAGAGGACAUCCUGUCGCUGCGGAAGCAGGCCAGCGUCCUGGACGGCGAGAACCGCAGGCUGCGGAGCCGGCUGGCCCGGCGGGAGGCCGAGGAGGCGCAGGCCGAGGCCCAGGAGUUGCAGAACCUGGGCUCCAUGAAGGAGAGGCUGCUGCUGGCAGAGCUGGACGUGAACCAGCUGCGGGACAAGGUGCAGCACCUGCAGAACGAGCUGAUUCGAAAGAACGACCGGGAGAAGGAGCUACUGCUCUCGCACCAGGCGCAGCCGCCGCAGGCCGCGCUGCUGAAGCGCUACCAGGACAAGCUGCAGCAGAUGCGCGCGCUGGAAGACACCGUGCGGCACCAGGAGAAGGUGAUCCAGAAGAUGGAGCGGAUGCUGCGGGACUGGAGCGAGGCCCCCGCGCCGAGCAGGCUGCAGGAGAAGCCCAGCGCGAGCCUCCCCGGGCCCUCUGCCCCCGGCCUCCCUCCGGGCUCCAAGGGAGAGAACUUGCCCGCCGACGUGUACUCCCUGCUGCUGGCGGAAAACUCGCGGCUGCGGGCAGAGCUGGACAAGAGCCGGCACCAGUCGGCCCCCAUCAUCCUGCAGCAGCAGGCCCUGCCGGUGGACCCCGGGGAGCAGGGAGCAGGAGAUGUGGGACAGAGGCUGCGAGGGACGGAUGGUGCGGGCCACCCCGGGGGCACAGAGACCCUGCCUGCACAGGACCUCCUGUCUGGCGGUGCAGACAAGUUCAACCUCCUGGCCAAGUUGGAGCGCGCUCAGAGCCGGAUCCUGGCCCUGGAGAGCCAGUUGGAGGACUCGGCUCGGCGCUGGGGGCGGGAGAAGCAGGACUUGGCCAUGCGCCUGCAGGAGCAGGAACACGGCUUUGGGCGCCCCUCAAACUCCAUCAUCAUAGACGCCCCCCCAUGGAAAGCCUCGACCCCCGCCAAGGACCUCGAGCGUCCCUCGGAUCUGGAGCCCCUGCCGCCAGGCUCGGACACGAAGCUCGGCAAGCCCGCGGACCCCCAGCAGACCUGAGCUCCAGAGCAGGCCUCCCCCGCUGUCCUGGGGGUCUCCCCGCGGCCCCAGCCCACCCUGUGACUUCAUUAAACAUUGGAGCACCAA